AUGCCCCGGUUCGCCCAGCUAGUCAUUGGUCCUGCUGGGUGCGGAAAGUCCACUUAUUGUGCAACCUUACAAGCUCACUGUGAAACACUUCACAGAACAGUUGAUGUCGUCAAUCUUGACCCCGCAGCCGAAUACUUUGAGUACAACCCAAUCGCAGACAUUCGUGAUCUUAUUCAUGUCGAUGAUGUGAUGCAGGACAGUGAUAUUCACCUUGGACCCAAUGGAGGACUUAUAUUCUGCAUGGAAUACCUCAGUCAAAACUUGGAUUGGCUAGACACUGCAUUGGGCGAUUGUGAGAAUGAUUACGUUCUUUUCGACUGUCCUGGGCAAGUUGAACUAUUUUCACACCUGCCAAUUAUGCCCCGGAUUGUUGAACAUUUGCAGAGGAAAUGGGAUUUUCGAUUCGUUACUGUGUUUGUGCUGGACGCUAGAUUUCUUGUAGACUCCUCUCACUUUAUGGCCGGCGUUUUGGCUGCUCUGUCUUCCAUGGUCGCCUUGGCGACAGCGCAUAUAAACAUCAUGUCCAAGAUGGACUUAUUACCUUUGAGGAAACAGAAAUACGUGAUCGCGCGGUACCUCAGUCCGGAUAUGAAUUACUUCCUGGAUUGCGAUGCAGAUGAUCAUUCGGCUGUGGGGCUGCAAACGAAGUAUACGAAACUGAACUCAGCGCUCGCAGGUUUAAUCGAGCGUUACAGCGUGGUACAUUUCAUGCCCUUAAAUCGUGAUAACGAGGAGACUAUAUCAGACAUCUUGCAACAGAUAGACCAUUGUUUGCAAUACGAUGAGGAAGUAGACCCGCCCAAUCGAAUUUUUGACGCAGCUGAACAGGAGCUUGCGGGUUUUGAAAGGGAAAAUGAUGACGAGGGCAGCAGACUUUGUGGGUGUCACAAAGUUGGUUCUAAGAGCACAUAUUCAGCACGCUUGACCCUCGAAACGAUCACCCAUGGUUGUUUGGGUGUGAUAUUUUGGCUCUUUUGUGCGAUCUCUUUGAGCCCUACUGAGCAUGGAAACUGGUGCUUUUUGGUUGAGUCCUCGAUGUGGGCUGCCAUCUUCGCUGUCUCCCUAGAUUUGGAUCACUUCAUAUGUUCCGGGACUUUCAGUUUACAGGGGGCAUUACAACUUCCAGGUCGUCCAUUCCUCCAUUGGUUAGGUUUUCCUUUGAUGCUGCACACUGUUUUGCUAUGUUUUCCGCUGAUAUAUUCGCCCAAGGAUGGAUCUCUACUCUUCGGAGCCAUUGGUUUCCUGUGGGUUGUAAACGUAGCCUACUGGAGCCAUAUUGUCCGGGACUCACGGCAUCGUGGCAUUUGGGUCUGGCCACCACCAAGUUCCCGAACGUGGACCAGUCCCAGUUCACGGUUAGGUGAAGAUUUGUAUUGGAUAUCGGAGACGCCUGCUUUACCCGCACUGCCUGUGUAUUUGCUUGCACUUUCAUUACUGAUCCCUUCGUUCAGAUACAGCGUUGCGCAACUGAACUUCUGUGCAUCAAGUUUUUCGCCAUUACUCAGCCGUGCCAAAGGCGGACCAGACCAUUCAUUUCCACACCCUGUCCACCAAUUUCGCCGACCUUUUAUCAUCGGCUUUCGAGGUUGGCUGACUUUUGUGAGUAUUGUACCCACUCGCGCGAGUCUAUAUACCUUUGGUGUUACAAAUGGAUCAGCUGAUUCGAAGAAAUGGUUAGCUCGUCAGCUCUCCGACCCCUACGUCAAACUCGCGCGUAUCGAAAGCUUCCGUUGUCGCAGUGCGUUUAAACUCCUCCAACUUCAGGAAAAACUUUCUGGGAGCCUGAUUUCACCGGGAGAUAUCGUGGUCGACUGCGGAGCGGCGCCUGGUUCUUGGAGUCAAGUCGCCACCUCUUUUGUAUCGCCAUCUCCAGGGGGAUCUAGUACUGGAUCCAGUUCGGGCCUUGUUAUCGCUUUUGAUCUAUUGGAUUUUGCACCACUUCCUGGGGUUUCUCGUUUCUGCAAAGUUGAUGUCCGCGAUUCAGCCAAAUGUGUUCAGCUCGUUAACCAAACUGUACGGGAUUACUUAAAGCGACUAGGUUCAACCACAUUUGCGGAAGGCUCACUUUCCCGUGUGAACGUCGUGCUCAGCGACAUGGCACCUAACGUUACCGGUUUGCGAGAGCUAGACGUACCAGCAAUGAUGAAUCUAGCAAGCAGUGUUCUGCAGCUGGCGGUGCGUACUUCAGCUCCGGGUGCGUCCCUUGUCGUGAAAUUGUGGCAAUCACCCGAGGCUGAAGAAUUUAUGUCAAUUGUAUCUCGAUUCUACCGUGGACCUUGGAAUAGCGCAGUAAAACCUCCGAAUCAUAAACGCUACCCGCAAACUAAACAGAUGCGCCAGGAAGAUCCUGGGCCAGCGGUACGAUUUUUCAAGCCUGCUGCCAGCAGAUCCGAUUCUUCGGAAAUUUAUCUGAUUGCUCGAGGUUUCCAGUUACCAGAUGUUGAAAACAAGUGCUAG